CAAGGCACGACGGGAGCGAGGAGGAAAGAUGGCGGCCGGCGGGAGUGCGGUGCAUGCCGGGAGGCGAGGCAGCAUCAUGGCGGCGCCCAGGCAGCCGGUGGCGGCGGCGGCGGCGGCUUGGGGUCGGUGGUUUUGUACCGCUGCCGCGCCUCGGCCAUGGCGGCUUUUCGGGGCCAUGUGCCUGCUGAGGCUCCCCCGCAUCACGCAGCCCCUGGAGAAGGAGGAGGAAGAGAUGGCGGCCCUCAUGGGGCAGAUAGAGCUGGAGAAAAGCCAGUACUCGGAUCAUGAAAUCCGCAAGCUGGAGGAGGAGGAGAAGCUCAGGAGGAGGAAGGAAAGCAUGUACGAUGAUGAUGAAGCACCUGGCAAAACGGUCAUCAUGGCUCAAGACCUGGAGGACAAGUGGGAACAGAAGUUACUGCGAUUCAAACCUGCUCCGCGGAUAACAGAUGCUGAUAAAAACAACAAUCGAACAUCGUUGAACAGGAAGCUGGACAGAAACCUGAUGCUUCUGGUGAAACAGAAAAUCGGUAACCAGGAGCUGUGGCUCCUGCCUCAAGUGGAAUGGCAGCCUGGAGAGACACUGCGAAGCACAGCUGAGCGAGCCAUGGCGACCUUUUUGGGAGAUCACAUUCAAGCCAAAAUCCUGGGGAAUGCGCCAUAUGGGAUUUACAAGUAUAAAUUCCCCAGGGCCAUCAGGACUGAGGAUAACGUAGGAGCCAAAGUAUUCUUCUUCAAAGCCUUCCUCCAAAGUGAUGAUUUGCCCCAGGCAGAGCUGAAGAAAGAUUACCUGUGGGUCACAAAGGAUGAGCUGGGAGAUUACUUGAAGUCAGAAUACCUGAAAAAAGUCAAUCGAUUCCUUCUGGACUUAUAAGCGAUAGGCUGUGCUCCAGCAGAUGGGGAAGACGUGGGAUGCGACUCCAGGGAGGAACACAGCUGCUGCUUUGCAUGGUCUGUGUGUAUGAGAUGUUAACUUGGGCUCUGGAGGAUAAUUUGCCUUUGCCUUAUUUCCCAGUUCUCUUCACCGGGCCUGUACUAAAUAAAUAUUAAAACUUAUACUAGGAAGUGAAGCUCACAUCAGGGAAUUCUUUGCUCUUGUUGAAUCCUCCUCCAACUCUUCUGGAAAUACAUGUUAUGAUCUUUUCCUCUCCCAAGCGUGCAACUCCCUGGGGCUGUGGUAGCCGGGAGGCUCGCUUUCCUCACCAGACUCCUGUCAUAGUCUAGAGCUCAAGUGGCUGCUUCUGAGCAAUGGCUAAUGCUUGUCUCUGGCACCUGCUCUUUAAUAAGAGCAGCAUUGGAGGGUUGUCUGUGUGUCCAGGUGGGAACAGACCCUCCUGGACAUAAGGCUGGCCAAGGUGGGUUUUUGGAGAGCUGGAAACUGGGAUAUUCACAGUUUAUUUACAUUUAAUCUGUGUUGGAGCUGCCUCUGGUGUAGAGUCUGUGAUACACGGUGGCUGUGGAGGGGACAGAUGCAUGAGGAAUAGUCGGCAGCUCUUUCUUUAGAUGAGCGCUGCUUUCCCCACCCACACUGCCCUCCUCUUGAGCCUCAAGCUGUAGCAACGGACACUGAAAGAGGGCAACAUUUGAGCAGCAGCUUUAAGUCUGGGCCGAGAGGCUAAUUUUUGCUGGUGGGGGAAGGCUGCUCCCAGGAGCAGCCUCAAAGGUGGCUCUGGCGAGUGUUCGGCUCCCAUUCCUGGGGUGUUAGGCUAGUGCUGCUAACCCAGCUAAGCCAGGUCUGCCUCAAGUAGCCUGACCCUACUACCCCAAUUUGUUUAUAAGAAGAUCUAUCCUGGGCUUAUAUGGUGCUCUCUCACUUCUCUGGGGCUGAUUCUAUUUCUUGGAGUUUUUUUUUUUUCCAGGUUGUUAACGUUGCUGUUUGGUAGUCAGUGUGUUGUCUGGACCUUUCAGAGAAUCAGCCUUCUUCAGCAUCAGGGAGAGAGGGAGGAAAUAGCUGUCGUUAAUCAUCGGGAGAGAGUUCGGCCUCCAGAGGUGGAACUGGAGAUUGCUAUAUAUAUUUUAUCAAUCCUUUGGGAGCUGUUGAGCUGCAGGCCUCAAAUUAAAGCUAUCCUUAAUCACUCCACAAGCCAUUGGGGUGGGGGCGUAGCACAGCAGCCUUCUGUUUUCUAACGCUGGGCAGUUUGGGAGCUGCAGGUUUGCCAUAAAUUACCAACAAAACAAAACUUGUUUUCCUGAAGCACCCUUGCAGGCCUGGCAAGGAGGCUGUGUCUGCGACAGAGAGCACUUACAAAGAGGAAAUAAAUGUGAAGCAGAAUAUGUGCCUGAAAAACGGCCGAUUUUUUUGGCUUCUGUCUGAGGUCAGCACUGCCGAAGGGGAGGCUAUUGCCUUCUCCAGGACUGAAAGCUCCUGCAGAGAGGACAGGUGGGUCCUUCCCCUCAGGCUGUGUCCCACCAGCGAGGGGGUUUAUAGGUGCACUCAGCUCAGGAUUAGGCUUUUCUCUGUCACCCUGGUUUAGGCCAUUGCUGGCUCUGCAACGCACAGCCCCAGAGCAGAGCUUUGUGGGCACAGGCUUAGGGCGUGCCCUUUGCAAAGGUCUCUGACCUGUUUCCCAAAGGCAGAUUUUAUGUUGCUGGAGGGAAAAUUUCAAAGCAUAUAAAAUGCUGUUUGAUCAGUGCUUGCUUGCUCUCACAACCAGGAGCACAAAAGCAAGAAAAGGCUGUACUGAAAGCUUGCUGAUCUACAAACCCAGGCAGUUCUUAUUCUCUGGUUUGCUCAAGCUACGAGUCUUUGGGCACGGUUUGUGCUGAGAGAGGUGUAGCUCCCUCCAGCACUGUGAAGGUCGGAAUCAACAGCCGCCUCCAUUUUUUUUAUUACUUUUUUUCCUCUUGGGCACAGGCCUCUGUUCUUACAGGUAACAGGUGUGUGAAAAGCUUGGGCUUUUCUGGAAGCAGAAAUUGUUGUUUUCUCAUCACCCAAGCUAAAUUCCUGCUUGCAGUCUGCAUAGGAACAGUGUCUUUUUUUUUUUUUUUUGUCCCCCUGUAGUUGAUUUUAUUUAAAAACCCUCAGACAGUUGCUCUAAAUAAUCCCAGAUCCUGCAUCACGGGAGCUUUUGCUCAGUUCUUCUAUGUGGCCUCCUCUCUGCCCCCAGCCUCAGUGAGAGAGAAGGCUGAAGCGUAUCAUGCAGGCUUCCUAGCAGAGAGGAUGGUUUGUAUCUUCUCAUCUCCUCUCUACUCCCAGAGGUCCCAUGAUAGAUCAGUGAGGCUGUUAUUUUCCUUUGAGAAUUUGGUGGCUGCAGGCUGUUUUUCUACAGAGCAAAUCUAUACCUGUACUCCUUGCAGAGUUGCAGAAGUCGGAUCAGGCAGGCUGGUGGGAUAUAUUUUGCUGGUAACUCCUGAAAGGAUAGCACAAAGCCGUAAAACGUUUUCUGAGAGAGCUUUUCUCUCUCCUGGAGCAGAAAAAAACCUGUUGAGUCGUAGCUGGGAGAGAGCUGCCGCAGCCACGCUGCGCCUCCUGUGAUCCAGCACAAAGAGCAGGGGGAACGUUUCACCUGUGUUGAGCAUGAAACACAAAACUCCCCUUGCAAAUGUGACACAGAACCGCAGGAGCGUUUGCCCGGGUGCUGAGGGGGUCUGGAGCUUGUUUGCAUCCAAAGCCUGGAGGGUAUUUCUCGCCUUGGCAAAGGCCUCCUCACACGAGGUCUCUGUUAAAAUCUGAAGCCGCGGCAAGUACCUGGGAAGGCACCGAGUUUGCUGUGGCUCUUUAGCGCAAGGCGCAGUCAGAUCAAUCGAAGAGCUCUGCUGUGAAGUGUGCACCAGACAGGGGCGUUUUGGAAAGGGCCUGUGACUCCUCGCUUUGAGAGCAGCAACGCGGGGCUCAUCUAAGAAGUCCAAGGUAAGAUCAGUGCUGCAGCUGCUGGGGCCAGCGUCGGAGCGUUGUCUUCCCCUGACUGCGCGCAUCGGGGAGGAAGCUGGAGAGCAGUCGGACUGCGGGGACUUUCUGCUCCUCGAAGCCAUUUUCAGCAUGGGAUGCUUUCAUUCAUGAGGGUGAUACUCAAAAGCCAGAUCCUUCGCCCCUCCAAGGGGGAAGGAGGCUCAUCAAGAUGACCUUUCUCUGGUGUGAUGCAGUCCAGCAGCUAUUGCUAAAAGCUUUCAGGAGCAGAAACAAAUGGAAGGAUCAGUUGCAGUCUAAACCACCAAGCAUCUAAGCCAUUGCUUAUGUCACCAUGUUAGAAGAGAGAAAUGGUUUUCUUUGUGACAAAUUGAUGCUUGCACUUCCCUCCAGCAAACGAGUGAUAACAAGUCCUAAUAAAACCACUUCACAGAUACAGCUUUCCUCUCCUUCCCCUACAAAAUACCUUCCCUAGCUGAUAUCCCUUCUGUCUGCGGGAGUUUUGGGGAUUGGUGCUCUCUAAGCAGAGCCCUGCUCGCGUGUUUUGUGAUACACUGUGAACUCUUCAGAACAGUGUGCUUUCUCGCGUCAUAGGAAGCUGCUGUUUGUUGCUCCUCCUGGCUGGCUCCAAGCAACCAACGGCUUCAACAUUUGGAAGAUAAACACAUGCAGAGCCAGGAGAGGCUGUUGGAGCCAUGGGCUACGCUGCUUCCUGCUCUCUAAAAACCUGUAGGAGGAGAGUUGCUAUUGCUCCCAAAUACAGCCGUGGGCUUGUUAGAGCAGGGAGAGCUGCUCGGGUACAGGGAGCACCCAGUGGUGUCCCUCUCUGCCAGGACAAGGGGUGGGCUGGCUCGGGGACGAUAGGAGUUAGAUUGUCCCGGCUGGGGCAGCCUCUGGGCUCACUCCCUGUCCCAGAGGAUAAGGCAUCUCCAGCGGCAUCAGUCACUUUGCUUUUGUUCUGUUCAAGCUCCCAUGCUUGUGUCGGAAGGGAUCCAUCUCUUUGGAUGGAGGUUUCUCUGGCAGUGCCGGGGGUAUCUGUGAGCGCUGCCCGUCCCUGCUGUGCUCAGCAGCCAGGGGGAGAAGCAGUGUGGGGUCCUCUGCUUGUGGCAGCCCGGAGACCCAGCAGAAAAUGGCGUGGAAAAUCUGGUUGAGAUCACCAGUGAUAGGAGUGGAUGAGGUCUCAUCCUUCUAUUUUGAGGACACCUUUUUCCUCCCUUUUCUUGUGAAAGCAUGCCUAUGUUUUGACACAACCAGCACACUGGAAGGACGCAGAGUGGGGCAGGCAGAAAGCAGCACUUGGGUGAAUAUCUGCUACUUCAGAAGCUCUGCUGAUAAUACCCAAUCCUCAACACCAAGCCCUCAAAAAGCAAAGCCAGGAAUUUGUGAGGCGAGUACAAAAUGUUGACAUCAGGAAGCCCCUCCAGGUAGUUCUAGACACAGCUUUGCUGUCAAGGCUACUUUCCUCCAACAGAUCUUGCGGGGGGGAUAAAAUCCUUUGGCAAGACUUCAUAGGCAAUGCUUGGAGACCCAGGGGCAUUUCUCCAUCGAAAUAUGAAGGGUUAUUCAGCAACAUUAAAACGAAGCUUCUUCAAAACCUAGGCAAGGUAAUAAAGCCUUUAUGCAGCGUCUACAAGGCUUCACCACCACAGCCUACUCCAGAAGCUGGACUGUGUGCUAACAGGAGCUGGCCCUUUACCUGGCUGCCAUGAACAUCCAAUCUCAUAAUCGCCCAGGGCAAAAGUUUUUAGGAAAAGACUUUACAGCUAACAAUUUGCAGCUUAAGCUGAUCUCUACCGGAGAUUAAGGUGAGAGCUGAUGUCGGAGGUGGGUUAUCUUGUGUCUAAGGGCUGCUCUCCCCCUCGAGCAUCUGGGCAGAGGGAAGCUGGGGACAUCGGGGCGUGAGGCACGGGCCAGCGCUGCUGCUGGGGAGGAUGUGGCAAGCGAAUGUGUGUGCGCUGCUGGCCUGCUCCCGCCAUGUGCUGCCUGCCUGCUUUCCGCUCUUUCUCAUCUAUCAAAGUAAUUAUGCCCAUUACAUUUCUCCUUUCAGGUUUUACCCUCCCAAAUGUUAUUCCACAGCAUUAAACCUGUGGGGGGAGUGAAUUAUUGGGGAAAGUAACUAGAUAUAAUCCUGGUUUAAUGGGCACAUAGGGAAAAAGCACACUGGGUUGAGAGGGUGGCUCAGCCAGUGUCCUGCAUCUGCAGGCAAAUAGAAAUUUAUCUUGAUGUGUGUAUAUAUCUAGCUUCGUGAUCUGUGAGCUCUUAAUAAUUGGUUUGGUGACCUGCCGGCAGUGCUCUCUCUCUGUAGAGCUUUCCCCAGUCCCCGGUUAAUAUAAUGGGUCACAAAUCCCAUUUGCUUUUGAAUUCUGAGUAAUCCUUUUGUUAAUGUCGCCUAUUGCUUUUCUGGAAGCAUUGGAGGAAAUCGGAGCCAUGUGCUAAUCAGUAAAUCUGGUUCUGCGAGUUUGUAAGCUGCUGCCCUGCCCUCCUUGCCUUUUCCAAAUAACCAGGGCAGCCCAUUUGUGUCAGACCCAAAGCCCCCCUCCACAAAACAGCAAUUGUUUCCCGAGCUGUGGUACUAGCAAAGGGCACAGGCUGCGAAUGUUGGAUGAGC